GCCCCGCCCCUUAAAGCACCAAGGGCCAAUUCCGCGGCCCUCUCUCCCGAUGGGAGGACCCCGAAGGGAGCGGGCGUGCGGGGAUGGAUGGAUGGAUGGAUGGAUGGAGAGCAAGCGCGCUGCUCGUCUCCCAGCUGGCGGGAAGGCCAGCUCCCGGCACCCCGCCUUUCCUCUUGGCGUGCUUCGGCCGGAGCCUGAGCUCCCCGGUGCCCACGGGCACCUGUGCGCCCCGCAGCUCCCGCCCGGAUCCCGAACCCGAGCCCGAAUCCGUGUUCCCACGCGAGGUCCGCCUCUUCACCGACUCUUACUCGGAGAGCAGCCGGUUCUGCUUCUGUGGGCACGAGCUGAGCAUCACGCAAAACUUUGGGUCGCGCCUUGGGGUGGCGGCACGCGUGUGGGAUGCGGCUCUGAGCCUGUGUAACUUUUUCGAGAGUCAGAAUGUGGAUUUUCGAGGCAAGAAGGUGAUCGAAUUGGGCGCUGGGACGGGCAUCGUGGGAAUCCUGGCGGCGCUGCAGGUGCUAAAGUCCCAGGCCAGUGCUGCUACCAUCACGCUCAGCCCUUGGCCCUCUUCUGUAAACUCCACGAGGGCUGGAUUCUUACCUGUCUUGCUCACUGAGGUGUUCCAGACACCGCCUGGCAUCCAGACCCAUGGGGGGGAUGUUACCAUCACUGACUUACCACUGGUCCUGGAGCAGAUCCAGGAGAAUGUCCGCGCUAACGUGCCAUCUGGAGGCCGGGCGAAGGUGUGUGCCUUGUCCUGGGGAAUGGACCAGCAUGGCUUUCCUGGAAACUAUGACUUGGUGCUGGGGGCAGAUAUCGUGUACCUGGAACCUACCUUCCCACUGCUGUUGGGGACCCUCCAACACCUGUGUGGGCCCCAUGGCACCAUCUACCUGGCCUCCAAGAUGAGGGAGGAGCAUGGGACAGAGAGCUUCUUUCAACACUUCCUGCCCCAGCACUUCCAACUGGAGCUGGCCCAGCGGGAUGAGGACGCGAAUGUCAACAUCUAUAGGGCCAGGCACAGGGAAGGGAGACCUGCCCGACAUCACCCUUCCUGUUGACCUCAGCCCCAGAGCCGUAAACAUCAGGACAAAAGGAAAGGAUGGCUUGCCUGUCUUCUUUCUUCCCUCCUCCAAUUUGUUCCCCUAGGCAUUCUCGGGAAGAUGCAGGAGGGGCACUGCCUGUUAAAAACAGCAGAGUCCUAGAAGCAUUGGGUUUAAAGCCCAAAGAAGGUGUCCAGCACUUGUCUCCAGAGGGGGAGGGCGAGAAGGUAGUCACGAUAUUUAGGGGUGAGGGAGGUAUAGUCGCUGCAGAGAGACUGUCACUGGUCACUCCCAGUUCUCUAAACAGAAUGGACCCUUCUGUUUGUUUGUUUUUUGAGACAGGGUUUCUCUGUGUAGAUUUGACUCACUGUGUAGCCCAGGCUGGCCUCGAACUCACAGAGAUCCGCCUGCCUCUGCCUCCCGAGUGCUGGGAUUAAAGGUGUGCGUCACCACUGCCCCGGCCUCAGAAUGAACUUUUUAAAAAAGCACAUUCUUAGCCAGGGGGUAGUGUGGCAUAGGCACUCCAGAGGCAGAGGCAGGUGGAUCUCUGGGAGUUCGAGGCCAGCCAGAGCUAAUAUAGUGAGACCCUGUCUCAAAAACAAAAACAAAAAACAUUCUUUGACUUUUUUUUUAAAAGGGGAAAAUGAGCAUUAGUGAUUCUCUUCUACAUUCCCAAACAUGUAGCUAUUGAGAGAGAGCUGGUACCAAGACCCCUCAGAGCUCCUGCUUCUCACCUGCUGUGAUAUGACUCUCACUAAGACAAGUUUGAGCUGUAGCUCCUUCAUCCUCUGCAAAGUUCAGGACCUGAUCACAGACUAGCAUGUUGUACCCAACUCUGGAUUGAGUUCUGGGUUCUUCUGAUCUCUGGUUUUUCCUUCCUAAUUUGUUUUACCUUCACGUCUCAUCUCUGCCCUCUGGGGCAGUCUGGGUAGGGCUCUUCACACUUACCGUUUGGGCGCACAGCUAUCGCUGGUGUGUCCGCGGUCAUUCUCUUAACCUCCAAACUACUCUUCAGAUUCGUGCAGCCUUUCCAGACCCUGCUGGAUUGGCUUCUGCUGCGAGAAGGAGCGUCUCUGCUUGGCACGCAGGCUACACCCGCGGGCUCACAAACUUUGUAUUUCAUUUCCUAUUCCUUUUGUAUUGCACGGUUAGACAAAUUGCAGAAGCUCUACUCUUUGCUCCCUAGCUCUUAUGUCUCCACUCUCUACCGGAAGGGCCACUGCUUCAGAUAAAACUCACUCUUUGCUUCUAAAACAAAA